AUGCCCCUAAUUAUUCUCCGGAAGACACCUUCUCUAAGAGCCCCAUUGUCAUUACUUAGCACGGCUCGCCGCGUCUCUACACCAGGGCCGAGACCGCUGAGACACGACACCACGCCAAAGGGAGCAGCAGCAAAAAGAUCCUUCGCAACAAGCAGUGCCCUCUGCUCCAAUACCCGGCAGUCCGUCCCCGACGGGCGUACCGCGAUCGUGACCGGCUCGAGCAGGGGCAUCGGCAAGGCCAUUGCUCUCCGGCUCGCUUCGGACGGGUACAGUGUCUGCGUGCACGACGUGCCUGCCAACAAGGCCGGGUGCGAGGAGGUCGUCGAUGAGAUCAGGCGGAUGGAUGGCGGUGGCGGCGAGAAGCGGAAGGCGUGUUAUGCCCUUGCCGACGUGUCGAGGCGUGCAGAGGUCGAUGCGCUGAUCAAGACGAGUGUUGAGCAGCUCGGACCGCUGGAUGUCAUGGUCGCCAACGCCGGCAUAGCACAAGUCAAGCCCGUCCUCGACAUCACAGAGGCUGACCUGGAGCGCAUGUUCCGCGUCAACGUGCUCGGGCUGCACAACACCUACGCCGCCGCGGCGAGGCAGAUGAUUGCCCAGAAGAGCUGCAGGCCGGACCGGCCGGGCAAGAUCAUUGGCGCGGCCUCGAUCGCGGCGUUCAAGCCCACGCCCUUGCUCUCGCACUACACCGCGAGCAAGUUCGCUGUGCGCGGGCUGACCCAGGGUUUUGCCGUCGAGCUGGCGCCGCACAACAUCACGGUCAACGCGUACGCCCCGGGUAUCGUGGGCACGGCGAUGUGGGAUCUGAUUGACGCCGAGAUGGCCAGGCAGCAUGGCGUUGCGAAGGGCGAGGUGCUCAAGAAGAUGGUGCAUGACAACACCGCGCUGGGCAGGGUCAGUGUGGUUGAAGAUGUGGCCAGGCUUGUCAGUUUCCUGGCGAGCUCUGAUAGCGAUUUUGUGACGGGCCAAACUCAGGUUGUCGAUGGCGGCAUCGUCUAUACAUAG